AUGUUCGCAGCAUGUGUUUCCUCCUCCUCCUCCUCCUCCUCCUCCUCCUCUCCUCUUCUCCAUCUUCAGCCCUCUCCCUCCUCUCAACAUCCUUCAUCUCAUCGCCACCUCCCUUCAGACCGCCACUCGCAUCUCCGCAAAGAAGCAACAGCGACAUGGCAGGCAGCGUCUCGACGAUUCAUUGCAAGUCUACGAGAUGGGCGUGCCAGCCAUGCGGAGCUAUUCAGAGGAAGAGGAAGAGACCUGGAGGAGCUGCUGGAGGAGCGGAUUACUCGCAUCAAAAGCUCCCAUCACUUCCCGCACGAAGCUCCCAUCCUCGUGCCCUCCAAGCAGACAGCUGAGCAGCAGCUGGAAGCGUGGAAACUUAGGGAGUCGAGGGAGGACGACGGCAUCCUCACUGAGCUGGACGUGAACUGGCUUCCUCUGCUCCCGAGAGGAGGCGAGAGGAUUGUGAAGGCGAUCCUCGAGUCUCCAGCCAACCUCUCCCUCGUCUCCCUCUCGCUUUCCCACGCGUCGCUCAAGGAUGAAGGAUGCAGGCACAUCGCGAGGCUUGUGGGCAGCAACCAGACCAUCUCCUCGCUCGACCUCUCCUCCAACUUCAUCUCAUGCCUGGGAGCCGAGGCUCUCGCUUCCUCCCUCAAGGUCAACUCAACUCUGCGGUCCCUGGACCUCUCCGACAACCAGCUGGGACCGCGAGGGUUGGCUUUGCUGCUGGAAGCCCUGAAGGAGAGCGGGAGCAUGAAGCACGUCAACCUCUCUCGCAACGGCCUUAGCUCCUCCUGCUUCCGCUCCAUCGCCUUCGCCCUCGCCAAGAACCAGGUCUCCCUCCUCUCGCUCUCCCUCAGCGAGGGCGGCAGGAUGUGCAGCUCAGACGGGAACCAGCUGGGGGCUGUCAUGCGCAUGGCACUGAUGCGGAACAGCUCGCUGACUAGCCUGGGGCUCCGGGACAACAAGAUAGGGGAUGUGGGGCUGACGGACAUGGCGGAGGCGAUGAAGGGGAACCGACGGCUGCGACACCUUGACUUGAGUCAGAACCGGAUCGCCAUGGCAGGGGUGCGAAAGCUGAUGCCCGUGCUCAAGUGCAACGAGACGAUGAAGAGCCUGGACUUGUCUUGCAACGAGAUCAGCAGCGAUGAGAAGAUGGACGGACUUGUGGAGGUGCUGAGAGGCAACACCAGUCUGACUGCUCUGGUCCUUGUGAACAACAGUUGUCAGGAGGCCGCAAAGGAGAUAGAGCCGUUGCUGUUGAGGAACAGAAGGUACGAGGAGGAGAGGAUGGGGAGCAUGGCAGAGACAGUCGCGUCUUUUGCUCACUUCCGAUCCGAGUCGCGUGCCAUCGCCGACAACAAACUCGUCGAGAGCUUCACCUGCGAGGAUUUCCUGUCGCUCCACCGUGAGAUGGUCACGAGACGGUCGGUGGCGUCAGCGUCAGAAGCACCAGCAGAGAAGAGCAGGCGGAGAGAGCGAAGGGCGCAGGCGAGGAGGGCGCAGGUCGUCUACGUGAACAGAAACAUCCCGCAAAGAGACUCGCUGGGAAAGAAGCUCGUGCUUCCGUCCAACAUCUCCGACCAGUCGCUGCUGACGUGGCUGCUCUCCGAGGCCAACCGCCUCCUCUACUUCGGGGCCUGGCCCGGCAGAUGCGUCUUCCUCGACGAGGACUGUGAGCUGCGAGGAGAGGAGGGGGAGGGAGAGCCGAGGAAGCAAGGAGCGGAGAUCUUCGCUCAGGACCUUGCCAAGCUCAGAGACGGAGUUCGACUUGUUAUCUCCGACGGACGAGGCGACGGAUGUGGAACGCGAAAGAAAUAUCACAAGAGAGAUCCCAGGAAGAGGACGGUUCGUCGACCCCCCGACUGGGAGAUGCGAAUUUUGAGCUACUGGUCGACAUUUGUAAAGUUCUAUAUUCUCCGCAGGAACAUCUUACAGGGCACAGAGUUGAAGGAGGGAGUGAACAGCGCGGGGGCGUUUUGACUUGCUGUAAACUUUAUUUUUUCCUG